AUGGAGGCAGAUAUGGAUGUGAGAAUAGAGCAAAUGCCAAGAAUCAUCUUAGUGAAGGAUCAUGACUCAUAUGCUCUGGUCUCUGAUUUGCUUGCAGUUCAGAAUAAAGAACUGGACGCUGUUAUUGCUCAGCCUGAAAUAGGCUCUACCGCUCCACUACAAGUCACAUCUGCAGCUCUGAACAGGAAAAAGGAAGAAAGGGACUCCAGUGGGGAAGGUCUGAGUAUGGAGCCAACCACACCAACCUUGAUUCCAGAAAUUACAGAAACAUCUAAUGACAACCACAAGGAAACUUGUAGCAUGGAAAUGACAAUGCUCCGAUGCUUGGAAGUCAUCAUUGAUGUGGUUGGACUGGUAGGGAAUGCAACUGUGAUCUGGCUCCUGUGCUUCUGCAUUCAUAGAAAUGCCAUCUCAGUCUACAUUCUAAACCUGGCUGUGGCUGACUUCCUCUACAUCUGCUUUCAAUUUAUAUAUACUCUGGAUGAAUUCACCAGUUAUUUGUUUGAUAUGAGAGUAUCUCUCCAGCAUGUUAUUCAAUUUUGUUUUCUCUAUUCUUAUACUACAGGCCUGAGCUUCCUCAGUGUUAUUAGUCUGGAGCGCUGCCUGUCUGUCCUGUGUCCCAUAUGGUACCGGUACCGCCGCCCAAGACAUGCAUCAUCCUUCCUCUGUGUGCUGGUCUGGGCACUAUCGGGGCUAUUUCCUGUUUUGGUAACUUAUUGUUGUCAAGAUUACUAUGGAGAUUCUUAUUGUCUGCUAAGUGGACAUUUUACUGCUGGAUACUUGCUGUUUUUAUUUGUAGUUCUCUCAGGAUCCAGCCUGGCUCUGGCUGCAAGGAUGUUCUGUGGUUCUGGACGGAUGUCACUGACCAGGUUGUAUGUGACCGUCCUGCUCACAGUGCUGGUCUUCAUCUUCUGUGGGCUUCCCUAUGGCAUCUACUUCUUCCUGAUAUAUGAGAUUUCUAUUGAUGUCCACAAUUUCGUUUGUUACUUUCAAAGGCUUUUAAAUUUACUAUCCUCUGUUAAUAGCUGUGCCAACCCCAUUAUUUACUUCUUUGUUGGCUCCUUAAGGCAGAGGCACAGGCAAAAGCUUAAGCGAGUUAUGCGGAGAGCUCUGCAGGACACUCCCGAAGACAAUGAAUGUAUAGGCAGCCUUUCUCAGGGGACCCUGGAGAUGUCAGCAAGCAGAGUGGAGCAUUGA